CCAUAUUCACCAAGGAUCGAUAACUUGAGGAUGCCUGUUGGAUAUCAACCUCCCAAGUUCCAGCAAUUUGAUAACAAAGGCAACCCGAAGCAACAUAUAGCCCACUUUAUCGAGCCAUGCAACGAUGCGGAAACCCAUGGUGAUUAUCUCGUGAAGCAGUUUGUUCGUUCACUUAACGGGGUUGCAUUCGAUUGGUACACUGAUUUAGAAGCAAACUCCAUCGAUAGUUGGGAGCAAAUGGAGCACGAAUUCCUUAGUCGCUUUUACAGCACGAGACGUACACUCAGCAUGAUCGAGCUCACUACAUCUCGACAAUGGAAGGAGGAGCCAGUCAUCGACUACAUCAAUAGGUGGAGAAACUUAAGUCUGAAUUGCAAAGAUCGUCUGUCUGAGGCUUCUGCCAUUGAGAUGUGCAUUCAAGGUAUGAGUUGGAGUCUUCGUUACAUCCUUCAAGGAAUUCGGCCGAAAACAUUUGAAAAGCUAGCGACUCGAGCCCACGACAUGGAGUUAAGCAUGACCGCAAGAGGAGCUAAUGGGCCACCAAUCCAAGAACCCCAAAGCUCCAAGGAUAGAUACGAGCAAAGGAAAGGGGGCAAGUUUUCCUCGAAACCUCAAAAUAAGGAGUCCAUGACGAUCAAUGCUAUGCCUGUCAAAUUCAAAGGAAAAUCUGCUGAUAAAGCC